AUGAUAAAUGCUAUUACUCUUUUAAAGAUUGUCUUCUACGAGGGCCGCAACUUCCAGGGCCGCCACUGGGAGUGCAGCAAUGACUGUAUGGACACCUUCAGGCACUUCAACGGCUGCAACUCCAUCCGUGUCAGUGGCGGUUACUGGGUGACCUAUGAGAAGCCCAACUACAUGGGUUACCAGUACAUCCUCGGCCCUGGCGAGUACCCUGACUAUCACCACUGGAUGGGCUUCAACAAUUGUAUCCGUUCCUGCCAAAUGUUCCCUCCCUAUAGAGGAUCCUACAGAAUGAGGAUUUACAACAGGCCUGAAAUGAUGGGACACACUAUGGAGUUCAUGGAUGACUGCCCCAACGUGUACGAGCGCUUCCGCUACCGCGAUAUUUUCUCCUGCAACAUCAUGGAGGGCUUCUGGAUCUUCUACGAGCACCCUAACUACAGGGGACGUCAGUACUUCCUGCGCCCCGGAGAGUACAGGGCCUGUGGCGACUGGGGCUGUCACAACCCCAUGAUUGUGUUCUACGAGGAUAGGAACUUCCAGGGUCGCCACCAUGAGUGCAGUAGUGACUGUCCUGAGAUGCACAGCUUCUUCAGCCGCUGCAACUCAAUAAAGGUCGAAAGCGGUGCUUGGGUGGCCUACGAGAAGCCCAACUAUUCUGGCUAUCAGUACAUGCUGCACAAGGGAGAGUAUCCUGACUACCAGCGCUGGGCCGGCUUCAACGAUUGUAUCCGCUCCUGCCGCUCUGUGCCACCUUACAACGGGAACUACAGGAUGAAGAUCUUUGAGCGGUCCGACUUUGCAGGCCAGAAUCUUGAGCUAAUGGAAGACUGCCCAGAUCUGCAUGAGCGUUUCCACACCCGUGACAUCUCCUCUGUCAACGUCAUGGAGGGCUACUGGAUGCUGCACGAACACCCCAACUACAGGGGCCGCCAGUACUUCUUGCGCCCCGGAGAGUACAGGAGGCACAGUGAGUGGGGCAGCACUAGCCCCACCUUUGGCUCUCUGAGACGCGUCACUGAUAUCAACUGAUUUGCAACCUUUUUUCACCCUUACUGAGCCACACUGUCCUCAUCCUCUUGUAUCCCCAAUCCCAGCACUGUUUCAGUGCGGUCUCACCACUGUGGUGUACAAACCUGCAAUUACACACUUAAAUGAUGAGGGUUUUAGUGUUUCUGAUAUUGGAUUCAGGAUUUGAUGGGUUGCUUUGCCUCAGUGGGUAAUGGUAUUAUCCAACUCGAGCAAUAAUCAUAGUGAACAGUGAUCUUUUCUUUUUUGCUUUGGCACACCGUUGCAAAAUGGUUUGCUUUGUGAGUCCCCAACCCUCUGUCCUACUACAAUAAAUGAAAAACUUGAUGAGUCAAUCAAACGGAGCAUUUGUUCAUUUCCCACUGAAAGCAACAGAUAUCAGCAUUAAAAGAUGACGAGCAUUUGGCUUGACAUGAAUCCCAUUACUCGACAAUGGUGAUUGAACUUAAGUUUCAUCAGCUC